AGGCGCCCGUCGCUGUAAUCUCAACGGUCGGCAGCCAUCAUGGCGUCCUGGUAACCAUGUACCACUUUCACCUAGAAACCAAAGCUGCUAUUCACGAAGUCGCUACGUAGAAAUAUCAGGACCGCAUCUGCAUAGUCGUCUGCUUCGUACGUUGAAAUUUCGUUGGAUGUUCCUUUCCACGCUACGGGGUUUCUUACGUUCACUCUCUCUCUCGCUCGCCCUCUCGCUUCCUGACAGAAGCAGCUAUAUCUUAUUCUGCAUGCAAUGAUAAUUUAGUGAAGAGGGUCUUCUGCUAACCAUCCGUUUGGGAUGAGGAUUAAGGAGACAGGACGCGGUGAGAGCGGCUGCGAGUGGGAAGUGAUUAAUUAUUUUUCAUGUCAACGAAGUUAACAGUAAAUUAGCAUUUUGGAGCGUCUUUAACAGCAAACGCGGCUCGUAGUAGUUGAAGAGGCAGGUUGUACAGUGGGCAUCAGACGUGCUUCUCGCAUUGGCGUUACGGAACGUGAGCAUCGCCUAGCUUUACCGAAUCAUAUCUUAAGCAGUAGACUACGAAUCGCGCUCUUCCCGUUGUAUGUUUAAUAGAUUAACAAAAAUUCAUAUUCGGCAGUGAUGAUGGCUGAUAGUGGGGUAGAGGAUUAGUCUUGAGGAUUAGUUGACAGAGGCAGUCCACGACCUUUUUUUUCCCUCUACGAGCAAAUAUUGCAUCUGCCAGACAGGAGGCUGAAAUUUUGAAGGGAAAAUGUUACCGACUGCUAGAAAUCUGUAGGAGGUCGGCGGCAUUCUAUGCAUAAGAACACUGAAAAGGAAUCUCAGACGUCUGUUAACAGAAAGUUAAACGACUGGGACAUGCUCGAACCCUGAAUGUAACUUGCGAGUAAUAAACCGUCGCUGAUUUUUAAUAUGCAAUAAUAUAUGUACUUUUACGACAGACAUUAUCCUUAAUAAUAAAAAAAAAUGAUCUGCAUCCUCGUAAAUGGUAUAUACUGACUGUUUGAUAGGUAGCUGCGAUAAAUGACUGCAUGUCCACUAUAUGUCCAAAGGAAGGGAGAUCAUUAUUUAGGUAGAUAAGAAAGGGUUCCGCUUGGCUACUUUUGAGGUUUUGGCUCCUCCUUGUCUCACAUCUUUCUUAUAAGUUGCAGGCGUACAAAUAAAAAAAACGGAGACAUUAAAAUAAUUUAAAAAAAAAUCAUGGCGGAUAGGACAGCUCCCCGAUGCCAGCUUCGGCUCGAGUGGGUUUAUGGCUACAGGGGCCACCAAUGCCGUAAUAACCUGUACUACACCGCGGGAAAGGAGGUGGUGUAUUUCGUAGCAGGGGUCGGAGUAGUCUACAACACCAGAGAGCACACGCAGAAGUUCUUCCUGGGACACAACGAUGACAUUAUCAGCCUUGCUUUACAUCCCGAUAAAACUCAAGUUGCCACUGGACAAGUUGGAAAAGACCCAUAUAUCUGUGUUUGGGAUUCCUACAAUGUGCAGACAAUCUCCAUUCUAAAAGAUAUUCAUACCCAUGGAGUAGCCUGCUUAGCCUUUGAUUCAGAUGGGCAGAGACUUGUCUCUGUAGGAUUGGAUGCCAAAAAUACAAUUUGUGUUUGGGACUGGAAAAAAGGAAAGGUACUCGCUACAGCAACUGGACACUCGGACAGGAUAUUUGAUAUUGCAUGGGAUCCACAUCAGCAGAACAGGCUUGUCAGCUGUGGUGUGAAACAUAUUAAAUUUUGGGCAUUAUGUGGAAAUGCUUUAACGCCAAAAAGAGGUAUCUUCGGAAAAACUGGAGACCUCCAGACAAUUCUAUGCCUUGCUUGUGCUAAGGAUGACAUCACAUAUUCAGGAGCACUGAAUGGGGAUAUCUACGUGUGGAAGGGGUUAAACCUGGUUCGGACAAUUCAAGGAGCACAUGGGGCUGGAAUAUUCAGUAUGUAUGCUUGUGAAGAAGGUUUUGCUACUGGUGGUAGAGAUGGCUGCAUUCGAUUAUGGGAUACUGACUUCAAACCAAUCACCAAAAUUGAUCUCAGGGAAACCGAGCAAGGAUAUAAAGGACUUUCAAUUAGAAGUGUGUGCUGGAAAGCAGACCGCAUCCUUGCUGGAACGCAAGACAGUGAAAUAUUUGAAGUCAUGGUGAGAGAAAGAGAUAAACCACUGCUGAUAAUGCAAGGCCACUGUGAAGGAGAACUUUGGGCCUUGGAUGUUCACCCCAAAAAACCUCUGGCUGUUACAGGGAGUGAUGAUAGAUCAGUAAGGCUUUGGAGUUUAGCAGACCAUGCCUUGAUUGCGCGCUGUAACAUGGAGGAAGCAGUGCGAACUGUUGCUUUCAGCAAUGAUGGUUCUCAGCUGGCAUUGGGAAUGAAGGAUGGCUCAUUUACUGUUCUCAGGGUCAGAGAUAUGACAGAGGUGGUACAUAUCAAAGACAGAAAAGAAGUAAUCCAUGAAAUGAAGUUUUCGCAGGAUGGUUCAUAUCUAGCUGUUGGGUCCAAUGAUGGCCUUGUGGAUAUUUAUGCAGUUGCUCAGCGUUACAAGAAAGUGGGAGAGUGCAACAAGUCUUCUAGCUUCAUCACUCACAUUGAUUGGUCUGUAGACAGCAAAUACUUACAAACUAAUGAUGGAGCUGGUGAACGACUUUUCUACAAGAUGCCAUCUGGUAAACAUUUAACAAAUAAAGAUGAGAUCAAAGUAAUUCACUGGGCGACAUGGACCUGUGUGAUUGGACCAGAAGUUAGUGGAAUCUGGCCCAAAUACACAGAUAUUAAUGAUAUCAAUUCAGUGGAUGCAAACUACAACAGUGCUGUGCUGGUCACAGGAGAUGACUUUGGCCUUGUGAAGCUUUUCAGAUUUCCCUGUUUGAAAAAAGGAGCAAAAUUCAGAAAAUAUGUUGGCCACUCAGCGCAUGUGACGAAUGUUCGUUGGUCUCAUGAUUUGCAGUGGGUUUUAAGCACUGGUGGUGCAGAUCACUCUGUAUUUCAAUGGAGAUUUCUUGCUGAUGGAAUUUCUAAUGGAAAUCUGGAAACUCCAACUCAAGAGGGAUGUGUUGACUCCAACAGUGAAGAGUCAGAUUCAGAUUUAUCAGAUGUACCAGAGUUGGACUCAGACAUUGAACAAGAAGCCCAAAUUAACUAUGACCGCCAGGUCUACAAAGAAGAUCUACCUCAACUAAAGCAGCAAAGCAAAGAGAAAAACCAGUCAGUCAGCUCUUUAAAGCGAGAAAGAGCACCAGAAGAAAGUCUAAAACUACAGUUUGUUCACGGGUAUAGAGGUUAUGAUUGUCGGAACAAUCUUUUCUACACACAGACUGGUGAAGUGGUUUAUCAUGUGGCAGCUGUGGCAGUCGUAUACAACAGACAGCAACAUACACAGCGAUUUUAUCUGGGACAUGAUGAUGACAUCCUUAGCUUAGCAAUUCAUCCAAUUAAAGAUUAUGUAGCUACUGGACAGGUAGGAAGAGAUCCCCCUAUUCAAGUUUGGGACACACAGACACUAAAGUGCUUAUCCCUUCUUAAAGGGCAUCAUCAGCGGGGAGUUUGUGCUCUUGACUUUUCAGCUGAUGGAAAAAGUCUUGUUUCAAUUGGAAUAGAUGACAACCAUACUAUUGUAGUUUGGGAUUGGAAAAAGGGAGAAAAGUUGGCAACAGCAAGGGGGCAUAAGGAUAAACUUUUUGUUGUGAAAUGCAACCCUCAUCAUGCAGACAAACUUGUUACAGUUGGAAUGAAACACAUUAAAUUCUGGCAACAUGUUGGUGGUGGCCUUACUUUCAAGCGAGGAACUUUCGGCAAUGCAGGGAAACUAGAAACAAUGAUGUGUGUGUGUCAUGGUCGUGGUGAAGAUUUAGUGUACUCAGGAGCAGCAACUGGUGAUGUUUACAUCUGGAAAGACACAUAUUUGCUUAAAACAAUAAAAGCCCACGAUGGGCCAGUGUUUGCAAUGUAUUCUUUGGAUAAGGGAUUUGUUACAGGAGGCAAGGAUGGAGUUGUGGAAUUAUGGGAUGACACAUUUGAAAGAUGUUUAAAAACAUAUGCCAUAAAGAGAGCUGCUCUGUCUCCUGGUUCCAAAGGAUUGCUUUUAGAAGAUAAUCCCUCAAUUCGUGCCAUUACACUUGGUCAUGGCCAUAUCCUAGUUGGGACAAAAAAUGGAGAAAUACUUGAAAUAGAUAAAAGUGGGCCCAUGACUUUGCUGGUUCAGGGUCACAUGGAAGGAGAAGUGUGGGGCCUGGCAGCACAUCCUCUACUUCCAAUAUGUGCCACAGUGAGUGAUGAUAAAACUCUGCGAAUCUGGGAGCUGUCAUCUAAUCGCCGAAUGGUCGCAGUGCGAAAACUUAAAAAAGGUGGAAGAUGCUGUUCCUUUUCCCCUGAUGGGAAAGCCUUAUCUGUAGGGUUGAAUGACGGAAGUUUCCUUGUUGUGAAUUCUGAUACUUUAGAAGAUAUGGUGUCCUUUCACCACAGGAAAGAAAAUAUUUCUGAUAUCAGGUUUUCACCAGAUGCAGGGAAGUACCUGGCAGUGGCUUCUCAUGAUAACUUUGUUGAUAUCUACAAUGUGCUAACUAGCAAAAGAGUUGGAAUCUGCAAAGGAGCAUCAAGUUAUAUCACUCAUAUAGACUGGGACACAAGGGGUAAACUGUUGCAAGUUAAUUCUGGUGCCAAAGAGCAGUUAUUCUUUGAGGCUCCCAGAGGAAAAAGACAAACAAUUCGAGCAUCUGAGGUAGAGAAGAUAGAGUGGGCUACUUGGACCUGUGUUUUGGGUCUGACAUGUGAAGGAAUUUGGCCAGCUCACAGUAAUGUUACUGAUGUUAAUGCGGCAUCUCUAACUAAAGAUAGAAAGGUGUUGGCCACUGGCGAUGACUUUGGCUUUCUAAAGCUUUUUUCAUAUCCAGCAAAGGGUCAAUAUGCAAAGUUUAAAAAAUAUGUUGGUCACAGUGCUCAUGUCACCAAUGUACGAUGGUCCCAAGAUGAUUCCACCCUUCUGACUGUAGGAGGUGCUGAUACUGCUCUAAUGAUCUGGACUAGAGAAACUAAUGGCAAUAGGGAGAACAAGCCAGUGGACAGUGAGGAGUCGGAUACUGACACGGAUGAGGAUGGAGGAUAUGACAGUGAUGUUGCAAGAGAAAAAUCAAUUGAUUACACCACCAAGAUCUAUGCAGUUAGCAUCAGAGAGAUGUCAGGUACAAAACCUCACCAACAACAGAAAGAAGUCUCAAUGGAAGAAAGGCCUCCUGUCAGCAGAGCAGCCCCCCAACCUGAAAAGCUGCAAAAAAAUAACAUCACAAAGAAGAAGAAGCUAAUCGAGGACCUUCUCCUUGAUCAUGUCUUUGGGUACAGAGGCUUUGACUGUCGCAACAACCUUCAUUACCUCAAUGAUGGUGCUGAUAUAAUUUUCCAUACGGCUGCUGCUGCGGUGGUUCAGAAUCUGUCUACAGGGACUCAAAGCUUCUAUUUGGAACACACUGAUGACAUCCUUUGUUUAAUUGUAAAUCAGCAUCCUAAGUACAAAAAUGUUAUCGCAACUGGGCAGAUUGGCGAUGUUGCUGAUCUGGAAGGCACCACUCCCUCUGUUCACGUGUGGGAUGCCAUGUGCAAGCAGACAUUAUCCAUACUGCGCUGUUCACAUGGAAAAGGUGUCAGCUACGUGAACUUCAGUGCCACUGGCAAAUUGCUGCUAUCUUUAGGGGUUGACCCUGAGCACACAAUUACAAUUUGGAGAUGGCAAGAAGGUACUAAAAUAGCUUGUAAAGGUGGGCACCCUGACAGAAUAUUUGUAGUAGAAUUUCGCCCAGAUUCAGAUUCUCAGUUUGUGUCAGUCGGAAUUAAACAUAUUAAAUUCUGGACUUUGGCUGGUGGAGCAUUGAUGUACAAGAAGGGUGUCAUUGGCUCAGUUGAGGAUGCGAGAAUGCAGACAAUGCUUUCUGUUGCUUUUGGUGCUAAUAGUCUUACUUUCACUGGUGCCAUUAAUGGAGAUGUGUACGUGUGGAAGGACCACUUCUUAAUUCGAGUUGUCGCCAAAGCCCAUACAGGCCCCGUUUUCACCAUGUACACAACUCUGAGAGAUGGGCUCAUAGUCACUGGAGGAAAAGAAAGACCGACUAAAGAAGGAGGAGCUGUAAAACUGUGGGAUCAAGAAAUGAAAAGAUGCCGGGCAUUUCAGUUGGAGACGGGUCAGCUUGUGGACUGCGUACGAUCUGUAUGUCGAGGAAAGGGGAAGAUACUAGUGGGGACUAAAGAUGGAGAGAUAAUAGAAGUUGGAGAAAAGAAUGCAGCCUCCAACAUUCUGAUUAACGGGCACAUGGAAGGAGAAAUCUGGGGACUGGCCACCCAUCCCAGCAAAGAUACAUUUAUCACAGCAAGUGACGAUGGAACAAUACGAAUCUGGGAUCUUUCUGAUAAGAAAUUACUAAACAAAGUGAGCCUUGGCAAUGCUGCUAAAUGUGUGUACUACAGUCCAGAUGGAGAGAUGAUUGCAAUUGGCAUGAAGAACGGAGAGUUUAUCAUCCUUUUGGUAAAUUCACUGAAAGUUUGGGGCAAGAAGCGAGACCGAAGUGCAGCUGUCCAGGAUAUCAGAUUCAGCCCCGAUAACAAGUUCUUGGCUGUGGGCUCGGUAGAAAACACCGUUGACUUCUAUGACCUUUCAUUGGGGCCAUCUCUUAAUCGAAUUGGAUAUUGUAAAGAUAUUCCCAGCUUCGUAAUUCAGAUGGAUUUCUCUGCUGAUAGCAAAUUCAUUGAGGUGUCUACUGGUGCUUAUAAGCGGCAGAUUCAUGAGGUGCCUACAGGAAAGCUGGUGACUGAGCAGAGCUUGAUUGACAAGAUAACUUGGGCCACGUGGACAAGCAUCUUAGGUGAUGAAGUUGUAGGAGUCUGGCCACGAAAUGCAGACAAAGCUGACGUCAACUGUGCCUGUGUGUCACACGCUGGCCUAAACGUGGUGACUGGUGAUGACUUUGGAUUGGUCAAGCUUUUUGAAUUCCCCUGCACUGAAAAAUUUGCCAAACACAAGCGUUACUUUGGUCACUCAGCCCAUGUGACAAAUAUUCGCUUCUCUUAUGACGACAAGUUUGCGAUCAGCGCAGGAGGAGACGACUGCAGUGUCUUUGUGUGGAAAUGCCUCUAAAAAGCCAGUCACUUCACUUGCUGCUCAAGGUCAUCAGACGAGGACUGAAGCUCGAUGGGUCCUCCUCCUCCUCCUCCUCCUCCUCUCACGUCCGGCUCCUUCAGUCCUCGACCUCAAACGCUGCCAAGUUCGGCUUUCACGGAGUUGUGGUGCUCACGUGACGACCGGAGGCUGAAAACCCAGGAGAGGAGAGGAGAAGCCAAGGAAGCACCCGCGCCACCACAGCAGACGACUGUCCAGUAUGCUAACUGGACGGUGAGCGGCAGGUCUGUGUCACAGUAUACAAGGUUUUAAUGUUUUAACGUUUACAUAUUUCUAUCUACGUUCUGAGGGCGAAACAUGCAGGCAAGGCGUUCACACCUGUGUGUUUGGUUACCAUUUGACUAACUGAAGAGACGCCUUUUGUUUCCUUCUUGUGAGAAUUCAUACAUAAGUGCCUUUAAGAUUUUGUAUUACUUGCCUGCGUUUCUUCAUACUUUUAUUUUCUACACUUCUGGUGCUAUGGCCUGUCACCCGUGGGCUGUCACUAGUGCUCGUUUUUGCUGGGGGGGCUUUCAUUUAUAACACACAGACACAUUCCAUUGAUGGCUUCAGCCUUGUUGAAUCAAGUCAUUCAAACAGACGACUCCUGCAUUCAAAUAAAAAGGACGACGACCACCACCAGAAACGGCCUGUGAAGCACCGGUGGGUGGGUUUGGAGGGUCCUGAAAGGGGGAUGCCUUAUGCUGCACUCAAAUCGGAUGGGUGAUUUCUUUGGGGUGCCACAACCAAAGCUGACUAUGCAGUCUGUAACCCACCCUGGUGGUCCCUUUCUUACCUUGCUGUACGUCUCGUCUGUGCCGUUUUAUAUUCGUCAAGCAGUGCGUCUUCUACCUGUUCUAAGUACUGACUCGUAUUCCUUCUGUGACAGCAAUAGUGUCAAGGUGUGCAUCAGAUUAUGAAGUUACUUUAUACAUUUUAUAUCAUUUUUGUACAUAAAUGUUGAAUUAGAACCUUUAUUACAAAUCAUUUGUAUUAUAUUGUAAAUUAGAAAAGAUCUGCUUAAUGCAUGGAUUUAUUUUUCAACACAAACGCUGCGUAAGAAAUGAAUAGGUUGUGAUAAAUGAAGAUACCUUAUUGGUUUUAUUGUAUGAGUGACAAUCGUUAGCUUUAUGGAUGUUUCUUUUAUACAAGAAGACUUGAUGUAUCAAAUGAAUGUGUGACCCGUAUGUGAACAAUAAAUGAGAAAACAAGAA